CACUGUUAUGGGAACUGUUUGAGCUUGCUGGUAGGACGAAAACAAAGCCCAGCAACAUAUGUUCUGUGGUAUCGUAGGCUACGCUUUCUUUUAUGUUGCUUUUUUUGUGUUCUCUUGUAAAGAUACCGCAUGGUGUUGAAGGAAUGUUUCUUAGAUGUUGAAGCUAUCAAGCUAUUAUGUUUCAGUUUUAAUUUAAGAAUGAUGAAUUAUUCCGUCAAUGACAAUGGCUCAAACAUUUCAGAACUACUCCAACCGCUCUGUGUCACCUACAACCACAGCACUUUCCCACCUCUGCGACUGGAAUCCAAAUCCCUGGUCACUUCAGCCACUAUGUUCGCCGUUGGAGUCCUGGGGAACCUCAUUGCCAUUGUUGUGUUGUGCAUCUCAAAGAAAGAACAGAAGGAGACCACUUUCUAUACGCUGGUUGUUGGAAUGGCUAUCACGGACCUGUUGGGCACCUGUUUCACCAGCCCGGUAGUUAUUGCCACCUACAUAGUCCAGAGGUGGCCCGGCGGAGAACUACUGUGUGAUUUAUUCUCCUUCUCUAUGCUAUUUUUCGGCUCGGCUGGAAUGUCCAUCCUGUGCGCCAUGGCAGUUGAACGAUACCUGGCCAUAAACUACGCAUACUUUUACUCUCAAUAUAUUGACCGGACAAUGGCGCGUUUCGCGCUCAUGGGCAUCUACCUGGCCAACAUUGUGUUGUGCAUCAUGCCCAGCUUUGGGUUCGGGAAGCACAUGCGCCACUUUCCAGGCACUUGGUGUUUCUUGGACUGGAGGGCGACGGACCCCCUCGCCGCCCCGUAUUCGUUUCUUUACGGUGGGUUCAUGUUGCUGUUGAUUGCGGUGACAGUUCUGUGCAACUUCGCAGUGUGUCUGUCACUUGUGAGGAUGAGCCAGAAGACGCUGAUAGUGAGAGCGAAGGUGUCCGCGAAAGGUGGCUCACUGCGCGGGUUCCUGCCCUCUGUCACCAGCCUGUCCGCGGCUGAGAUCCAAAUGUUCUGGCUGCUAAUAUUUAUGACCAUCGUUUUCCUGGUGUGCUCCAUUCCUUUAGUGGUGCGCAUCUUUGUAAACCAGCUGUAUGGUCCUGCCUACAUCUGUGCUGGAGUGAAACCGGAUUACCGGAGUGAUCUGAUGGCUAUCCGCUUCGCCUCGUUCAACCCCAUUCUGGACCCCUGGGUCUAUAUCCUCUGUCGGAAGAACCUGUUGUUUAAGGGCUGUGAGAGGAUGAAGAAUACAGUUGGAAAAGUCAAGGCGGGGCCUGGGCCUACUUUAGUCUGUGCUGGCACUGGCAGUCAACAUUCACACCUGUCAUUUGAAUGCACUAACGAGACCAGUUAUGUGUCAUUAUGCACAGCCGACUACAGAAAUGAAUUCCAGAACCAGGUUACCACCAAAAGUAAAUCGUUUACAGACUUUACCAUGCGUGAAGCCUGGGACUUUGACAUAGCGCGGGAUAACUUCCAUCCGUUUAGUGUCGACCAAACUGCCGUGCGCAGCUUCCAGGCAGAACUUGCUGUGGUGUCCAAACCGGCCAUGAUGGCGCCAAUGCUCGGGGGCAGUAAGGCGCUUCCGGCAAAGUGCACACCAGCAGGUCUCCAUAGCCAUGUCAGUAAAGUGGACAUAGUCACCUGUACCUUCAGCACACCUAGCUCCUGUCAUUCGGAGAAGUGCCUCUGAGCAACUGUAGGACUGUGGUAUCCUCUACAAAACAUGAAUGUUUUCACAUUGACUUUAACAGCAAAUAUCUGAGAUGCUGACAGCCAGACAGACACGUGUCAUUUUCCCCAGCAAAUGAGGCGUUCUACGUGCUGGGGAUGUCCUAAGGACUCAUUUUUGUUUGCAGGGACCUUGAUGUAGCCUUGAUGUACCAAAUGGACCAAUUUGGACAUUUUAAGAUGCAGUUUUAAAAUUUGUAACGCAAUUCUAUUAGUAUCAUGGCAUAUGGGUACAAUAGGCACCUACUUGCC